AUGGAAGCCUCAAUCCCUGACAAUCCAAGCCUCGAGGACUCGAUGUCUCUUGCGAACAACGACUUUCAAUCCAUAUUCGCCCAAUGUACUGCCCAUGAUGAUCUCCUUCAUUCAUCUGUGGAGUCCGGUGGUGGUCUGUUCGCAGAUGCAUCAAUAGACGACCUAGAUCUCGAUCUGAAUGUCGAUCUUGACCCCGAUACGUAUUUUGAUACAUUUGCAGGAACUCAAUGUAUGUCUUUUGGAGCUCUUCCUGACCUUCGCACUGGUUCUAUACAUCGUGUGGACUCCAAUAGAUUUGACGAUCAUGAUGAACCGACACUGGAUUGCUCCACGCUUCCCGAUCCCUCCACACCACUAUUCGCUGUUCCGGAUUCAAUCCUCACUUCACCACCACCAUCGACUGUGGCAGUUUCUUGCCUCGCACAACAUCGCACUCCUUGCAUAAUAACUGCGACACAAUCCCUUCGCUCGCUCCACAUCCCCCAGACCAGUUGUGUCUCCCGCCGAAACGGCGGCAGCUAUGAUAGCAAUGGACCUGGGCCGCCACGCAUGUCUGGCUCUGUCCUUAAAGCAAAUAAAGAGGCAGGCAUGUCAGUCUGCCGCAUGCUGCAGUGCGCCUGCGCACUCCGCCCACAGAACCAGCUGAUCCUAGCAAUUAUUUGUUCCCGAUUAAUCGCGUGGUACCGCGCGAUGAUCCACGCGUGCUUCAUAUAUGGCCACAGCAGUUCCUCUGGGCACAGCGUAAAUAGCGCGCCCAACCAGGGCCCUGCAUCGUUGGAGAAGGUGGUUCAUCAGCCUGUCACGAUCGGAGACCACUCGGUUGAUGACCAGGUGAUGGGCUUGAGUAUUCAGGCACAAGUGACACUACGCGAGUUACAACAUAUGCAGCGACUGAUUGAGACCCUUUCAGCGCGCAUGCGGGAAACAACUAACUCAUACCCGAAAGUGAUGCAGGGCUUUGGAGCUGAAGCUAGGUUCCCAUCAGCCGGGCUCCCGGGCAUCACGCGUGACCGGCUAGUGACGCACCUGUUGAAGGAAGUCCAUAAAACCAAGGCUGAUCUGAUGACAGCUUUGGUAACACCAUGA